AUGAGUAUAAUUUGUGCUUUAGCACUUUUGUUGUGUGUAAAAUCAGACCCGUGCAUGAGUGCAAACACAUCUAAACUGAUAGAGCAUACAUAUGACAGUUUAACGGAAAAGAUGCCCUCUGGGAAAGUGUCUUUCAUUUACUUUGGAAGUCACGUUAAUCAAGCGAUUGAACUCUUCUUGGAGCAGCUGGAAUUAUCCGCGGAUGCCUUGGAAGAUUAUGGUAUCUCAGUUGCUAAGGUGAAUUGCUCAAGGGAGAAUGUUGAGAAGUUCUGUACAGGUGGAAAAGUCAUGAAAAAGGCAUAUUUGUUCAGAGGCUCUGAGGUCCUGAGGAGUUUUGACAUUGACACUGUAUUUGAUGUCAACGCCAUUGUUUCUCAUGUACUCUUCACUGUGCUCUUCAAUGAAGUACGUUAUGUGCACACGGUGACUGAUCUGCUCAAUGUGGAGAGAGCAGCAAAGGGAAAGAUAGACAUUGUGUUUGGACACAUUCAGGUGCUUGGUCUUCCAGAGCACAGGGCUUUGAUGGAAGCUGCAUUUGUGUACGGAACCAAGUAUCAAUUUGUUCUGACAACAGGGGGGCCUGUUCUCAAACAUGUGGGAGUUGAGGAACCCUCUUCGUUGCAGACAGGACUUUGGUUCUUGCACUGCAAAGAUAUAUCCAGCAGAUCUGAACCCUGUCCAUACACGGCCCUCAGAAAACCCCUCACCAUCGUUAACAUACACACCUUCCUCCAGCUGAUGGAAGCACCUUUGGUGACGGAAACGAGGCAGGACCCCCCUGACGUUGAUGUGAUCCACAGGCACCUGAACAUACCAGUGCUCUUCCUGUUUUCUCAAACCCUCACUCAGGACUUGGACAGGGCUACGGCUGAGUCUCUAGCCUGGAGGCUUCGUGGAGAAGCAGGAGUAGUACUUAUCCACAGGGAAAGCCCUGAUGUGAAGACUUCUUUGCAGUAUAAUGCUGCUUACCAGCUCGCGGAAGAGGUUUUGAAAUAUUUCACUCUAAAGAGCAUAGAUGAGGCUGUCAAGCUUUUCAGAGAGAAAAUAUUACAAGAAGAAGAAGAGAUUGAGGAGGAAGAGGAGGAGGAUGCUGAGGAACAGUCCGUAGCCUUAGACGCACUGGAUGAUGAAGUAGCGGAGUCUGUGUACAGGGACAGAGAUCUAAUGCUCGACCUGGAGCCAAUCAGAGAGCUCACCUCUGACACCUUCAACAGUGCAGUGACGCAAAACGGCCUAACGGUGGUGCUGUUCUACUUGAAAUGGGAUGCAGUGUCCAUGGCCUUUAUCCAGUCAUGUGCGGAGGUCUCUGAUGCGCUUGAGGAUGUAAGUGAUAUUGAGCUGGCCUCAGUAGAUUGCGGUGAGUGGACGGAUCUCUGCGGCGAUCAGAAGAUCACCUCUUUUCCCGCCGUUGUGAUCUACAGGCCCGGGGACCCCGCCGUAACGUACAGGGGCAUGCUGGGGGCCGAGAGCCUGCACCGCUUCCUGCUGUUGAGCCAGGUCUCCAGCCCUCUCUCUCUGUCCUCCCAUUCAGACCUCCUGUCAUUUAUGGAGGGGGAGAUUUACGACAAGCACUCAUCACUCUCCCCUGUCAGGGUGCUGGGUCUUUUCCGCUCUGCACAGGACCCAGGUAUAACUGUGUUUGUGGAAGCUUCUAGAAUCCUCAGAGGAGAGGUACUUAUGGGGAUUUUUACAAAUGAAGAAGCAGAGAAAUGGGUUGUGGAGCACUCUGUAAAGCUGCCUGCUAUGUUGGUGUCUAGAGGUCCGGGGAUUCAACGUGAAGCCUAUUCUCUGAACUUCCCCUCCCCUGAGAGACUGGUCACACACAUUCAGCAUGUCCUCUCGGAUCCGUUUCCUGAGCUAACAAUAGAGAAUCUGCCCUGGUAUUUGGAGCGUGGGAAGCCCUUGUUGCUACUGUUUGUUGGGGGAGAUGAGAACUCAGGGAACGCUGGCUGUCUGAGAGAGAUCGGAAAUUUGUUAAAAACGGGCCAGUUGGAGUCCUACGUGCCAUGCUGGAUACAUCUGGGUAGAACGCCUGCAGGGAGCUCUGUUUUAGAGACCUACCUCGGAGUGGUUCCCCCUCUACCUGCUCUGGUUCUGUCUCGGCUGGGCGCUGACGGAGAGGUGUUUCAUUUUCCUCCGGAGCGCCCCCUGCUGGCCGACACCAUCCUGCAGUGGCUGCGCGAAGUGGAGAAUGGCAGGGAGCAGCCUGCAGGUAUGAUUCCAAAUGAGGAAUUGAGGCCCUCUGUGGGCUUCUAUGACUUCUUGGCCAUAAUGGAUCGGGAAGUACCAGGGUACGCGGCUCAGAGGAUCCCCAGAGGGAAGUCGGGGGCCAGGGAAGGGCGAAAGCUUCAGCCGCAGCAGGAAGAGCAAAGGGGCGCUCAUGAAGGACAAGCUCCAGGUGCCUCACUGAGCCCUGGAACACCUCAUCAGCAUUCUGAACUCUGAGCGCUUAAAUUAAACCAACAUUCCAGAAAAGAGAGAAAGCGGCUUCAGCCCACACUUGGACUCUGAGUGAAGGCACAUAAGCCUUCUCAUCCUAUAUGGCUAACCUGAGAUAAAUGUGUCGUGCUUUUGUUGUGUUCCUGUUUACAUUUCUUCUGAUUUUAUUCUGAUUUGAUUUCAUAACCCA